AUGGCGCAGCAGCUGCCCAAAGAGAUUUGCUUGGAGGACUCAGCGGACUUUCACAGCGCGACCUUCGAGCUCGAGGCCGGUCUCAGCGAGGAGGACCAGCAACGACUCACACGAGGCAUGGCGGAGGCCUCCCAGCUCAUGAAAGACGGGCUCACGUUUGAUGAGGCUCGUCUUAAGAUACUGGCUCAACGCAUGGCGCAGAUGGGAGUAGACUCAUCGGGCAUGCCGACAGAUCCAAAAGCUUUCACUUUUGAAAAGGCAAGGAAUACAGCAGGCUCAGCCUCCUGGCGUUCGACCGGUGUCAGGCGAGGUGCGCAGGUGAUGACCCCACCAGCUGUCUCGGCACCUGUGUCUCGCAUGUUCCCCAUGCCUGAGCCUGGUGAUGACUCUGCUGGUGAUCGGAGACCGUCCUUAUCCGGGUCGCUGCUUGUGGCCUGCAAGGCACUGAAGCCUGUUGUGCGUAGCGCUGUUCUGUUUCGUGCUGUACCUUUCGUCAUAGCUGCCGCGGUGAUCAUCUUGCUGCGUCUGCUCCAACUGGGGUGGACCAGAGACCCUAAUUUGCCAGCCUUGCUGGUACAAGAGGACGUUGGCAAAGUCUUCGAGGUCCCGCGGUGA